AAAAAACAACAAAACAAAUUGUUUAGCUUCUCUAGCAUAAAAAAAAUUUUUUUGUGUGCUUGCUAAAUGCUAGUUUAUAUUGAACAGUCGUAUCGUAUAUCGGUAAAUAAUUAAAUGCGAGUCUAAAAAAGUAGAAAUUUUAUUUUGUUUUUGCGUAAUAAGAAAUUAUCGAGGAAUUUUUAUAAUAAUAAAUUUUAAUAUUCGAAAUUGAAAAACAAAGCAAAGAAAUUUUAGAAAAUUGAAUGCAAAUAAUAAAAAAGUUUUCAAUAAACAUUUCACAAAUUUACAUUAAAUAGAAUAAAGAAAUAUAAAAAAAAAAUUUGUAUGUUGGUAUGUAAAAUAUACCUACAUACCUAGGAAGUGAAUUUCUCAUAAAAGAGGAGCAAAUCAAAAUAUUUUAUAACCUAAUUUUUUAACAUUUUAGAUGCAGAGAAAAAACAGCAACAACAACAAAAAGUGAAGCAAAAACUUGAUGGAAAAAUGAUUUUUCAUUGAAUGAAAAACGACAAAAAAAAAUAAAAACCAAAAAUCUAUCAACACAACAAAAUUUUUCUUUUUUGUUAUGAGACGUAAAAGAAACGUUAACGUUAAUGAACAGAUGAAUAAUUGAAAAACAAAAAAAGAACAAAAACUGAAAAAAAAUAAUAACAAUAAUAAUAAAAAUAGAAAAUAGAGAAAAAUAUAAAAACAAAAGAAGAAAAGUGUCCGUUUACCCCCGCAAAGAAAACACAUUUUUUUGUCACACAAAAGACAAAAAAGAAAAACAAAAACAAAAAAAAAUUAUUUCGAAAAUAUUUUCAUCGCACACAAUAGUGCUGUGCUGAGGUGGUGAGUGAAAAAAUAAAAGGAAGAAGAGAAAACAGAAAAAAACACAUGUAUAAAAACAACAAUUAAAAUAUUCAACAUUAAAAACAAUAACAACAACAACAAAAUACAGAAAUAAAAUCAAAACAAAAUUUUCCUUAAUUGAGAGAGAAAAUUUCCUUAAGUGAAAUUUUGUUCGUAAAAUAAUGUGAAAAAAAAAAUUGAAUAAGAAGACAAGGAGAAGAAGUUGGGGGGUGUAAAAAAAAAACAAUCAAAAAUAUUUUUCAUUAUUUUUAUUCGGUUGUUUGUGUACGUGUAUGUGCGGUUUUCUUUAUUUUCAUAUUUUUUAAUUUGACAUAAUAGCAGUGCUAUUUUCAUUUUUUAUUUUCAUUUUUUUUUGUUUCGUUGAAAAUUUCGAAUAAAUCAUAAAAGAUUUUGGUUUUUAAAAAAUGAUUUAGAAUUUUUAAAUUUUAAUGCACAUUUAAAAUUUAAAAUUUCAUAUAAAGAAGGUGUUUGUUUGUUUAUAUAUGUUUAAAACAUAUGGGUAUGUACACGCAUACUAGACAAACAUACAUACGUAUACAAUAAAUAUAAUAACAUAAUUUAUAUGCAUAAAGAGAAAGAUUUUUAAGUGAUAAAAAUACAAAAUCAAAAUAAUAAAAACGACUCAUCAAUUUCUGGCUGGCUGACUGUUCUGACUGACUGUUCUUUAACUCCGUCGAAAUUUUUUGUAGACAACGCAUUUAUUUUAAAAAUAUCAAAAAGAAAAUAAAAGAAGAAUUUAUUUUUAUCCUUUUACGUUGUUUUUUUUUUUUUCAUUUUUGGAAAACUUUUUUCCUUAUGUGUGUGCGUUUUUUUAUUCUUUAACUAAAAUUUAUUUUUAAUCGAAUGUUAUUGUACAAAAAGUUAAUAAACAAAGAGUGGUAUUAAUAAAUAUUUUUUUAAAUAAAAAAAUAUUAAAAAAAAAAAAGAAAUAAAGGGGGUCAGAAGGAGAGAAAAAUUAAAAAAAAAAAUUAAAAUUAAAAAUUUUUAAUAUUAUUAAAAAUAAAUUAUUAAAGGAAAACAACAAAGCAAACAAAAAACGAAAAUGUCUAAAAAUACCAAAGUUUUAACGUGUACAGCGAUCUCAAUUGGAAUAACUAUGCUUGUAACAUGGUUACAAAUUCGACCACUUGGCAUAUUUUUUACCAUAAUAUUAGCAACAUUCAUUUUUACAAAUAUAAUGGUAAAUAAUCAGACAAGUUUUAAAUUAGUCCCACCGCCAGAAUUAAAAAAUAAAAUAGAUAUGUUAAAAACAAGAUUAGCAAAUAUUCGAAAAGAAAGACCAGCAAUAUUUUGUGGUUUAGUAACAUUCAUAUUAGCAACACUUGCCAUUAUUGGACAUUUAAUAUCUGGUGCUAGUGUUGUAUUGAUUGGUUUAAUAUUAGCCGGUUUAAUAUCAACUAGAUAUAAUUUUAGAAUUGUAAAAGUACCAUUGCAAGUUGAUUUUACAUGGGUAGAAAAAUAUGAUAAUGAUUUAGUUGAUGAAUUUUUACCAGAAGUUAAUGAUACAAAUCGUUUUGUAUUAGAUAAAGCCGGUGAUGAAGCAAUUAUAACACCAACUGGUAAUGAAGAAGAUAAAUCUGAUGAAAUACCACCAGAUCUAAUGAUACCAGGAACAAUACCAGAAAUAAAUGAAAAUUCUGAUUCAUCUGAUGAUGAUUUAUUAUUAAAAGAUUCAAAAGAUGAACUUGAAAAACUUAAAUCAAAAAAUGAUCAACAACAACAAAUGCAUUUUAAAAAAGGUUAUUUUAAAAAGGAUUCAUCAAUAUCAACAUCAUCAUCAGAUGAAGAAAGUUUAUCAAAAGGAUUAAAUUUUGAUUUAAUUGAUACACCAAGAAUUCAAUCAUUACAAAAAUCUCAAAGUCAACCAUCAUCAACAAGAGAACAAGCAAAUACUGUUGUUACAAAUUUAGUAUCAGGUUUAGUUGCCUGGAGUAUGGGUGGUGGUGGUGGUAGUGGUGGUGGCGGUAGUGGUAGUAGUGUUAUUGAUACUAUUAAUACUGGUUUAAAUAGUUCAACAGCAACUACAGCAACAAAUAGUCAACAAAAUUUAAAUGAUGAUAAAUUAUCAAAAAAGCAACAUUUGAAUAGUGCAAAAUUUGAUAAUAUACCAUUAAAUGAUGAUGGUGGUAAUAGAACAUCAGAAGAUGAAAGUGAUUUUGAAAUUUUAGAUACUGAUGACUUAAAUGUGAAUAAUUUAUAAAGAAAAAAAAAAUAUCUGUAAAAUCAAGAAUUAAGAGUAUAAAUAUAAUUUAUAUAUUUCACAUUAAUUGUAUGUAAAUAAAAUAUAAUAAUAUACUUAUGUAUAUUUAAACAAAUUUAUGCAAACAUUAUAAAAUUUUUAAAAUGUAAAUUUAAAUUUUAAGUUAUCUAUAUAAUAUAUGUAUAUGUAAAUUAUAUAUGUUUAUCUUUAUACAUACAACAUAUGUGUAUAUCAAUUUUAUCAAAACAAAAAAAACAAAAUGAUUCAAAAAGAAAACUUUAAAAAAUUUAAAAAAAUAUUGUAAAAAUAAAUGAAUAUUUAAUUUAUAUUUAUAAUCUAUAUUGAAAAUAACAUUUAUUUUUAAGAAAAUUUUUUUCAUUUACACAAAAUAUAAUUAUUUUUUUAAUCAAUUUAAAAUUCAAUUCCGAAAAAUCGUACAUGAAAAUUUAUAAAAAUAGUUUCUUUAAUCUGAAAAUUUAUGUAUCAUAAUUUAAAUUAUAAAAUCUUCUAAAUUCUAGUUAGCCCAUUUUAAAUACUCCUAACUCCCAUGUAAAUUUUCAUCAAUUUCAAAGAUAAAUUGAAGGGCUUAAAAUCAAAUUAGUCUAACUCUAUCAAUUUCAAAACAAAAUUGUUGAAAAUCUAUACAAAAUUUGUAUAAGAAAUAAAUCAAAAACCGCCGUGAAUUUAACCAAAUUUUCGUUUCUAGCUACUUAACUUGUUUUUGUUUAACGAAAAAUUUAAUUUCUUUGAGAAGGAAAGUGAUUAACCCACAAAUUACAGCUUAGGUCAAUUUGCUUUUUAGUCUCACAUUGAAAACAAGAUUUGCCUGUUGCAGGCAACUUAAAAUAUUUACAACUAUUUCGAAUUUAUUUAAGAAUUAUAAUAAUAAGAAAAUAUCAAA